AUGGACAAGAUCAAGGAGCGCAUGAACGCCCUGCGCCUGGAGGCCGACGAUGCCCACGAGAAGAACGAGGAGCUGAAGGCCAAGCUCAAGACCCUGGAGCAGGAGAAUCUCUCCAAGGAGCAGGAGAUCACAUCCCUCAACCACCGCAACCAGCUGCUGGAGGAAGAAGUCGAGAAGCUGGAGUCAGCCCUCAAGGAGGCUAAGGAGGCUGCCAACUCGAGUGCUCAGCACGACACCCAAAAUGAGGCCCUCCAGCGUCGGGUGGCGCUGCUUGAGCAGGAGGCUGAGGAUAACGAGAGGGUUCUCCGAGAGACCAAUGAGAAGCUCCGUCAAACCGACGUCAAGGGCGACCACUACGAGCGCAAGGUGCAGGCACUCGAGACAGAGCGCGAUUCGUGGGAGGCCAAAUACGAGGAGAUGGCCAAGAAGCACGCCGAGCUCCAGAAGGACCUCCACGACCUUGAGGUCUCCAUUAGCAAUGUUUAA